AUGGAUAGAGCGGAUAAUUUGGCUUCUCCAGAGGUUCCCUCUCCCGAGGGAAAUCUAGGACAACCAAAUUACCGACAUGGCGCCCAACAAAUCCGAACUCAACCACUCCCUGAGAGCAUAGAGUCACCGCCUGCGACGUCAGGCCAUGCAGUCCCCGAAGUAGCAGCCCAGCAGCCUGCGACGUCAGGCAAUGCGGCCAUUCAGGACCUCUACAACUCCCUGGCUAUCCUCACUCAAGCGGUUACGGCACUAACCCUCCAUUCCACGAAGGCGGAAGUCCCUGCAGCUCCACCAACCCCACCAGCACCGGCUCCGAGAUGGAAGCCAACUUUAAAGAAGUUUACCGGUGCAGAACACGAGACCCCUGAGGAAUUCGCCGACUUAGCCACGGACCACCUGAGGAACAUGAAUAUAGAAACCAAGUACUGGACGGCCUACCUGCUCGAACACGGUCUAGAGGGAGAAGCUGCAACAUGGGCCACAACUCAUGCGGACCCUAAGCUAGAAUACCACACAUUCUUUGGACGACUGAUCGACCACUUCAGCCAUCCUAGUCGCUUCUCCCGCCUCCUGGCCAAGCUAUACGGCUAUAAACAACGAGCAGAGCCCGCAGCAGAGUUCAUCUCCAAGAAGAUGGCCUUAUUUAACAGAGUUUCCCCCUUCACCAGAGAUGAAGAUCGAUGUACCAUAAUCAUGGACCAACUACGUCCCGAAAUCAGGCAAUUUCUAAGGUCCAAUCCACCCAAAACAGAAGAGGACCUACGUCGUACAGUGGACGAAAUUGAAAUAGAUAUCGAGGCUUCCACACCGACCAGUGCGAAGAAGCACGAGAAGCAGGUAUCAAGCAGUGGAAGCCGUCCUCAGCAACAGGAACGUCAACCUCCACCACCUCCACCACGCCACGACAGGCCUCGCCAUCCUACAGCUGACGAUAAAAUCGAUAUCAUUGGUCCAAUAACUGAAAAUUUUUUGAUAGAUGAGGUAUUCGCUGGACCAUCUGGGCCUGUUCUAGAACUUGUAACUGAAAAUCAACACGAAGAUCAGAAGGGAGCUCCACCAGAUGAUUAUUCGCUAGUUCAAAUUGGAAUUCCAGAAAAUGAGCCAACAGACAAUAACCCUAAAGGUAUAUUAGAUAUGUCAGAAAUGAAUACUUUUCCUAAUGUUCAAAUAAGUGCUGAAUCUACUAACUCUACAACAAUGGGAGAUUUUCAGGCUGGUGGAUCUGAGUGUAUUAAGUCUAAAACCGGUCGUAAACGUAAGUUCAAAUCUGAUAAAAUGUAUAUUGAUUAUCUAUCGGAUGACGAUUUUGCUACAUUUGUUGAUUGUGGUGAAAGUUCAAAUUCAGAAGAAUGGUCAGGAGUCACAUUUUCUUCUGAUGAUGAGGUAUCGCCAAAUACACGAAAAACAAAGAAAACUAAGUCUAAAUGUAAACCAAAAGUGUGCAACAAUAGUUUUACUGACAUUCAUGAAGAUACGGUAGCAGAAAAGGGUUUCAGAAUGAAGAAAAAAAAUUCGAGAAAAGAGCUUUCACAGAAAAGAGCAUCCGGACAACAAUAUGAACGAAAAGAUGGCAAGAUUAUUGAACCCAAAUCUGUUCAACCAAACCCUUGCAUUGGGAAAAGAUGCGGAAACAACUGUGAAAAUAUAGAUACUGAAAAAAGACAAAAAGUAUUUGAUCAUUUUGUGGGACUCUGUGCUAAUCGUCGAAGAGAUUGGUUAGUUAGCGUUGCGCAAAAAAGGAUUUACGUGGGAAAACACCUACCUCCGAAUAAAACGAAACCAGCUACCAUACAAUCAGUGUACAACUUCAUCAAAAGUUUACCAGCAGUACCAUCUCAUUAUUGUCGACACGAUUCUACAAGAGUGUAUUUAUCACACGAACAUAAAAAUAUUACUAAUCUCUACCGAACAUACAAAAAACAAUCAGAAGAAAAUGGUACCGAUUUUGUAAGUGAGAGGGUAUAUCGUAGAAUAUUUACUGAGGAGUUUAAUAUAGGAUUCCAUAUUCCCAAAAAAGAUAAAUGUUUAAAGUGCUUAAAAUUCGAACAGGAAAAUAUUUCAGACCCAAUAAAGGCAAAAGAAAAAUCUGACCAUGAAGUUGAGAAAAAUGAGAGUUACAACCGCUUUUCUACACACAAAAACAUACACAAAACAGACCCUAAUACACUUUGUGUGAGUUUUGAUUUGGAGAAAGUCUUAAACACUCCACAUGUGAUUCAAUGCUCUUAUAUUAUUCACGAAAAUUGGCAGUGUAUAAUUUAUGCUAUUAUGAAAACGGAACGCGAGAAGUUUUUUGUUAUUACUGGGAUGAAAGUCACGGCAAAAGGGGUGCGAACGAGAUAUCCACCAUUCUCAAUAGGCCACACGUAUAUGCCAGUAGACAGUGUACAUGCUGUCAUUGAAGCAAACCUAAAGAAUACUAUUAUUUACACACCAUCUCAAUGGUAUACAGUGUUCAGCACAGCACGAAAGGAUCCCUUUCCUUAUAACGUUGAAAAACUCACUUUUGAAGAUUUUUAUAAGUGGGAUUCUAUGUCUGACAAGUACUUUAAAGGUAAUCUCACUGGGAAAAUCAGUAAAAUAAGAAUAGUAACUUUUAAAAAAAGCGAUCCCUUGAAUGUUACAGUAAAAUAUUCAAUGAAUAAAUCUGCUCAAUCGAGUAAGGUUGAAUUACAAUCGAGGACCAAAGUACCUCUAAUGGCAUGCUAUCAAUCACGGCUACCGAUAACAAAGGCCAAAUAUAACGAUCUCAUUAAACUUUGUAAAGAAAAAGUGAUUCCCGGGCAUUUCCAGAACGAAUUCACUGAUCUACCUUAUUCCGAAAAUAUAAAAGAUACUUUACCAGAAUCAGAUAUCGAAGACGUUGAACCUGAUGAUGCUCAAAACUUAUUGUAA